UUAGUGUCAGUUGAACUAAUUCAGGCAGGGGAAUGGAAUCUUCAAACAAUCGUCUUCUGUUGCUGGUCUGCGCUUUGCUCUUCAUGCUAGGGAACUGUAUGGAGAUAUCAAGAGAAACGACAGGCUCCAUCCCUUCUGACCCCACCUGUGGCUAUCGACCUCGGAUUGAUGACCCUAUCAAAAUUGCCGGUGGACAGAACUCAAAUCGUGGAUCGGAACCAUGGCAGGCCAACUUAUUGAUCGAUAUUUCACCAGAGAAAGAUGAGUAUGGACGAUCUAUAGUCCAUCACUGCGGGGGUACAAUCAUUAGCGAAUAUUGGAUCUUGACUGCAGCUCAUUGUUGGGAGGAAAUAUUAGAGGUAAACGUCAUAUCUGGUGAGAAUGAAAAAACCGUAAAGCAAAUACCCAUUAACGAGAGCAAUUAUUUCGUUGUGGUUGGAGAUAAUAACCAAUGGGAAUAUGAGCAGGGGGAGGAAACAUUCGAAAAGUUGGAGUUUAUCAGGCACGAGGAUUUCAUUCUGAAAACGCUUGUCAACGACAUUGCCUUGCUGAAGAUCUUACCAAAAGACGGUCCUGGUAUAAAGUUCACCGAGUACGUCCAACCUGCCUGCCUACCUAAUGCCGAGACUCCGUAUACACCCGGUGAAGAAUGCAUCAUUUCUGGAUGGGGCGACACGGACAAAGAUGGAAAUGUAGAAGUUGAAGCUACUAUCCUGCAAACCGCUGUUGUGCCUAUUGUGGACAAUGAAGCUUGUGCACGUCUUCUAUCGACCUUUGACCCGGUCCCAAUGAUGUGUGCCGGUUAUGCUGAGGGCGGGAUUGAUACUUGUCAUAAAGACAGUGGCGGGCCUUUGGUUUGUCAUAUUGAUGGUUCCUACACAGUACUAGGCGUGACGUCAUGGGGCGUUGGGUGCGCCCAACCUGACCUCCCCGGGGUUUACACCAGGGUCAAGGAGUUUUUACCCUGGAUCUACGACCAUAUCCAGUGACGAAAAGCAGAUGGAAAUCCCAAGGCGUUUUUGAACUAUAAAAAAAAACAACACUUUUGCAUUUACUUCACAAAUGUUUGUUUUAUUUUUUAACGGUUUUGAAAUGUUAUUUUGAAACCGCAUAAUUCAUCCAAAAUUACUAUACAAGAGGUUCUUCUAGUUACUGGAAUAAU